AGCGGGGUGUCCCCGCCGGCUAUCAGCCGCGGUAUCCAGGGAAAAGGGGAAGGCCGCGCCUCGGGACGCGGCGAUAACCCGGGGGAUGCGGCGGAGCCAGAGCCCGCAGUGCCGCUUCGCCAUGGAGGGACCCCGCCGUGCCUGCCUCCUCCUCCUCUUCCUCCUCCUCCUCUGCCUGCUGCCGCCACCGGGCACCCCGGGCCCGCCGCCCCCGGAGAAGCCCCGGGAGCCGCCGCCGCCGCCCUCCGGCACCGCUGACCCCGCCGCCCACCUGCUCCGCGGCCGCCCCUCGGCCCCGGUGCGGCCCUACAGCCUCUCCCUCUCCCCCGAGGACUACCGCUACUCCCCCAAGCCCCGCCACCUCCGGCCCGGCCGGCUGCGGCGGCUGCUGGGCUCGGCUUUCGACCCUUUCUGGAUGGCGACCGAAGAGCCCCGCGGCCGCAACGGCACCGUCCCCGAGGCGGAGGAGGAGAACCUGGAGGCGCUGAGCCGGGACCUGGCGGAGGGGGCCGGGCGGUACCGCCGCAAGCUGUGGCGGGAGGCGGAAGGGCUGGAACUGCCCCCGCUGCUGCCCCCCGGCCCGGGGCUCUCCCCCGAGCUGCCGGGGGUGCUGGCCCGCCGCCUGCGGCAGUGGCUGGUGGAGCGGGCCGCCUGCCGCCUCACCUCCGCCUGGGUCGACCUGGGACCCGUCUUCUGGCCCCGCUGGGUGCGCCACACAGCCUGCGACACCGCACCCCCCGGCUGCUCCUGGCCCCCCGGCAUGACCUGCCGCCCGGCGCAGCUCACCCACAUCAAGCUGCUGGCCUGGCACUGCUGGGCGCCCCGGAGCCCCGGACCCCAGCACUGCGCCUGGCGGCAGAUCCCCUACCCCGUCGUGGCCGCCUGCAAGUGCUCCUGCCGUUGA